AUGGAUCCUUUUGUUCGUCAAAGAAGAAGUUCUGGAGGAGGUGACCUGAGUGUCGCCGCUGGAACUUCUGAACCCGAUUAUCAGGCAGCCUUGAGCCAGGAGGAUGUGGAGCAGACUUCUGCAUCUGUAUGCUUUGGAGAGAUGUCUCCAGGGACGCUUGAGCAAGGUGGGCUUUCUGCAGGAUCGCCUCAGGCAGCGUUUGGAGGAACUACUUCUUUGGGCGCGUCGGGGGAGGCAGAGCUCAAUACCACUCUGCCGGUAGCGAGCCCCUUUCAUUCUGAGAGGGUGAGAUCCGAGGUGGAAUUGCUUAGAUCUAGGCCAGCUACGCUUGAUGAUGACGGAAGGCGUGCAGGAAUAGAUAUUGAUGAGGCGGCUCUGGGGGACAGGAGUUUCGUUGGCACUGGAAGGGAACCGGACUAUGCCUUAGCUGGACAGGGGUUUCGUGGAGAGGCUCCUAGGCUGGCCAGGGUGGAGAUGGCUCUGGAACCAUCGGUGCAAGCAUCAACCACUGCUGAAGAACAAAAACUCAGCACGGAAGUGCCGGAUGAUGGGCGUGGCUGGGAGGCUACAGGAAAGGGUCGCGGAACCAAUCCCGUGGACAGGGCUGGAUCUGCAAUCGCGACUGCUGGUGUGCAGCCUGAAGCUUCGGACACUCGUGAACUCAUUCCGGACUCUGGUCCUUCAAGAAUAGAGCAGAUGAUGCUACAGAUGAUGCAGGAGAAUGCGGUUCUGAGGCAAAGACUUGAGGCAGUGGAGUCUCAGUCGAGUGGCCUGAGCGGAGGAACUUGCGUGACGGCGUUGGAGACCCAAGCUAACUCCCCGAUGUCAUUUGCGGGAAAUGUACAAAGCCGUGCAGCUGUGCCGUGUGAGAAUCAGAUUGCGCAGAUACCAAGGGUGUUUCCGGGUAACGAUUUCCAAGGAUUCCACGGCACGAAGAGCGGGCUGGUCCGGGAUGUCCGCUGUUUCGUCCCCGUAGCGGUCUUGCAGCAUACCUUCCCGAA